AUGGAGAAACUGAAAACUACACCUGCUCACAUGCUCAUCAUGCCGGAUACGAAUCCCUUCUCAGAUAAUGCUGAAUCGAGCGAAGAAAACGAGUGGGCUCCGAAAUCGCCUCCAUCAACCAAAUCCUCUAGUUCAGACAACGCGAAAUUAAGAGGACUGGAGAGCACAAUGAAAGAGCGCAUAGCUGCCAAACUAACGAAAAGUAAAGCCCCAAAUAACGUGUCGCCGAGCAAAAACCAGACUUCCAACAACGUCGAUUUAAUAAAGCAGUUCGAGCGAAAAAUUAACAAUAACUCUGAUGAAUUCGGUCCUCCAUUACCCCCAAAAGUCAUUGAUAAUAAUGUUUCGGAAUCUGCUGACCUCCGUCGAUCCGUGAUUAUUAAUCAGGGUAACAAGAACAAUGAUGAUUCGUCGUCUCCUGUCCCAACCGACGGGGAAGAAGAAUAUGAGGAUGAAGUUGACACCUCCAAAGAAGCUUCAAAGCGUGAAGUCGUCCCAAUCGUCACGAGCUCAGUACGCCAACCUGAAUAUGUACCAGAACCUACUAUUUCUGACAAAAAAGAAUCUACUUCUACAAAAGAGUUGCCGAACAAAAAAUCUCUCUUGGAGAAAACUGAAAAGAGCUCUGCCGAGGCUGUAACAAAUGUCAUGGCAGACUUUAGAAAGUCCAACAAAAAUGGGUGGACGAAAAUGCAUACUCUAGCUGGCACUGGAAAGUUGUAUAAAAUCAGAAGCUUCUUAAAAAGGGACGACUUGGCAUUAAUCGAUCAAUCGGGGACAAGUGUUCUCCAUGAAGCGACGAAAAAGGGAUUUCUCUGGCAAGUUUCAAACUUGCUGGAUGGCAAAUUGUUAAUGUUGACGGACAAACUUGGCAUUACUCCGUUUCAUUUGGCUACUGAGCGAAAAGAGCUCUACAUUUUGUCUUCGAUAGCAGGGCAAGCGCAUGAGUUUGCCACGGACCCAGCGUUGGUAACGUUACUCGGCGGGACGCCUCUUCCUGCCGAUAAGAAGGUGAUCCGAAUCAAUCCAAAAAUGAUAAAUAUGGUUCCACCAAAUAUGCUUCAACAUGCGAAUACCGUGGCACAGCAGCAAGCCCCUCCAACAAAUGGAACUCUUCACCAAAGUGUCCCGGUGAGAGUGCAUCAUCAGCAUGUGGCUCCUCAUCAACAUGUUGCGCCUCAUCACCACACUGCUCUAAUGCCUGAGCAGAUUCCAAACUUCCAGAAGACGCGCCACACUAUUAACAGACAUGUACCGCGAAUGAGCUUACCUCCUGAUGUGUCCAUGAGGAAGAUUUCUUCGGAGACGAGCAACACAACCUUAGAUGUGACAGCUAAGCCUCCUGCAAAACAUAUAAAUGAACCGAAGAAGAAUGAGCUCGACCCAACAACGAAGGCAAAAUCUAAGGAAGAAGGACCGAAACUGCAAUUACCUCAAGAUAAAACAUAUCUAGAUAAAAUCAACGAUGAGAAAUCUGAAUCUGAUGAAAGUGAUAAUGACGAGAGUUGUAGAAGAUAUAAAGGAGGCCGAAGCUGGUAA